AAAUUGGAAACUGUGCCAAAUAAAGAAGACGACGCAAUUAAGCCUCACAACAAUAUUAAACAAAUUGAGGACGCGCGAAAGAGCAAAAUAGAAAUUCUAGAAGAAGCAACGCAACAAAUUAUCGAUGAGACAAUCUCAAUUGAUGAUGCUUGGGAUGUAUUUCAACACCUGGAAAAAGAAUACGAAGAUAGUAGUCAAGACAAAUGCAUGUCAGGUGUCAGGCAGGCGGGUAGAGUACUUGCCUACGUAUUACUCUUUUGCCUGGUACUUGCUAGUGGGCUAGCCAGCAAACUGUCCCUGCUACUAGUCACGAAUGCUGUAAAACACGAAGGUGAAGUCAAGGAUUUCCCGAGGCGAGACGAUUGGCUUUUUGUACUAUGUGGUUGUAUUGCUCUCCCAUACGCUGGCACAUUCCUAUCAUGCCUCUUUGGCUCGAUGGCAGAAAAUAUCGGUUGGCCCGGCUGGAAGUGCUUACUUGGGGUAAUGGUGAUUGAAACGGUUCAUGUCGCUGGGUUGCUACUAUUUACCGUGCGAGUGUUACCGCAUCUUGACGUCAUCCGUGCUAUACUCUUGAUGUCAGCUGUGUUACUGAUCCCCGCAUUGAUGAAGCUACUGUUUGCAGAUAAACCAAAGAAAACAACAUGGAAAGUUGCAUCAUACACACUUGGAGUUGUUCUUCUGCUGAUGCAACUAUCCGUAUUCGGAAUUUUCGUCACGUUCGGGAAAAAUAUGUUACUGUCCCAUAAUGCACCAAUAACUGCAUUUCCGGGUGGAAAUGUAUUCUGGGAAAUUCCAGUCUCUCUAUUCUUGCUUUCGUUUGGUUGGUGGGAAAAUUACGCUGACAUAGACGUUCUGAUUGGUCCUAUUGAGAUUCCUUUACAGUACUAUAG